AUGAUGGGAAAGGCUGGAUCCUACCGUGUGUCCAGAGGGGCGAGUUUUGCCCAAAUUUUGAAGAAGAAUAUUCCUGCAGCUCCAGGGUUUGGGACACAGUUUGUGUCUCCGACAGUCUCAGAACAUCUGGAUACCCACAACAACCAACACGACCAAGCAAGAAACAACCCAGCCAAAAUUAAUCCUAGGCCAAAAAACAUCCCCAAGGAGUUAAUUGACAGGUAUAAACGGGGUGAGAUGCAUGCUGUAUCUACACUUUACCAACUCUCUCAGGUCUUACACUUUCAGCUGGAACUGAAGGAAACUGUCACUACAGAUGGUGUUACAGGUUUCUACUUUGCAUUCUGCGCGGUUAUCGAUGGUGUGCAAUAUAAGACAGGAAUGGGCAUCACUAAAAAAGAAGCCCGAGCCAAAGCUGCCCAGCUAGCGUUGGAGGAACUGCUACCCGGUCUGGAGAGUGUGGGAGAACUGCCCGAUGCCGCUGAGGGACCACCUCCUCUACCCGUGAAACAAUCGGCAGUGUCUGACACACCUCCUGGAAAAGCUAUGUUUGAAAGGAAGAAUCCAAUUCAGGACCAGGUUCCAAAUGCAGUGAGGGACAUAUUCACCAAACUGAUGGACAGUUACCCCAAAUUCUCUAGCUGUGGAAGCACCUUGGCUGCAUUUCUCAUCCAUUCUCCCUCUGGGUAUGAAGUGGUCGCUCUGGGAACUGGCAGUUUAAACACUAAAGAGAGUGCUUCACCAAAUGGACGAAUCCUCCAUGACUCACAUGCUGUGGUUACUGCGCGACGAUCACUCAUGAGGUAUCUGUACCGGCAUGUGCUGCUGUUCUUCAGUAAGAAUCACUCUCUGAAAGAGGGCUCUGUAUUUCAGGAGGAUGAGUCAACCAAACUCCUGAGACUGAGGAGUCAAAUCACACUGCACCUCUACCUUAACCAGCUACCUAAAGGAGCUGCCCAGAUCCCUUCGCACCUGCGACUGAACCCUCUGUCCAUCUCUGCUUGGGAGGUCAAUAACCAGAUUGGCCUUCAUGUAACCAUCGAUGGGAAAGUUUUCUCAGUUUUCUCCAGGUUGGAGCAGACGGGCUCAAAGGUGGUCAGCAUGUCGGGGAGCGAUAAACUGACGCAGUGGCAGGUUCUCGGCUUCCAGGGUGCUCUGCUUAGUCACUUCAUCGAACCUGUUUAUGUCAGCAGCAUCGUCGUGGGUGAAGAGAGCUGUAAAGAGACAAGGGGUAUGGAGGUGGCUGUCAACCAACGUGUGGAUGAUGGCAUCACUGCCAAGCUGCCUAUGUACUACUGUGUGUACCGACCUCACAUCAGCCUGGUGCCCUCUGUAAUGCCCACAGAUGGGCAUGCUGCCCAGCAGACUCUAAGCAUCAACUGGUGCCAGGGAGAUGUAUCUCUAGAGGUGGUAGACUCUCUGGAGGGCAAGUCUGUGGAGGAGUCUCCUUUUAAGAGUGGCCCAGCCUUGGCCAGUCGACUCUGCAAGGCAGCCAUGCUCAGUCGCUUUAAUCUGGUGGCCAAGGAAGCCCAUAGGGAGGACCUGCUGGCUGCUGUGUCCUAUAGGGAGGCAAAGAUGAUGGCAAAGCCAUACCAGGAGGCAAAGAGUGUGCUGAAGUCGUACCUAGCCUUGAGAGGUUACGGUCAGUGGGUGGACAAGCCACCAAUCAGUGACCACUUCAGCAUGUGA